AUGCGAGCAGCGGUGAAAAAACACAUGAUUGAGAGGAGGACGGGGGCGUUGUUCAAGAAAGCAAAGGAGCUUUCUGUGCUUUGUGGGUCGGAGAUUGGGAUUGUGAUUGUUAGUCCGACGAUGGAGAGGAGUGAGAUUAUUUGGCCGGCAGUGGAGGCGGCGACGAAGAUGUUCUUGGCGUUUAUGGAGGUUCCAGAGGAUGAGAGGGUGAAGAGGAUGGUGUUUCAUGAGGAGUAUAUGAGGGGCAAGGUUAAUGAGGCGAUUAGGAAGAUGAGGAGGGUGGAGGAGGAAGUGGAGAGGAAGGAGAUGAAUGUGCUGAUGACGGAGGUGAUCGCCGGGAGAAAAAGCUUGACGGAGAUGGAUACCAGGCAGCUUAAGGGUUUGUAUGCGUUGGCUGAUGACAAGAUGGCGGAGCUGGCGAAGAGGGAGCAGGAUUUGUUGGGGGUGGCGCAGAAUAACGGCGCUGCGGCGGCGGCUAGGUCUCCCCACCGCUGCCUUCGAAACCGUCGUGACCGAAAUCUUCACCGCCCUGCUGCAACGGAUGCCGCCGUUUCCGACGGACUAGAUGGUGGCGGCUCUUACUACGUCCCUCAGCCACCAGCCCCGCCGUUUGAUCCACGGUGGACGACGACUCCGCCAGCACCGGCGGGACAAUUGCUCCCAAACAUCGACCCUGCAACAUGGUUCAUCCCGAACAUGGUGGCUCCGCCGCCGCCGCCCUUGCAAGGCGGCGGCUUCGGCGGUGAGGGGAGCUAUCAGCCACAGAUGUUUUUCCCUGCUGGUGGCGGCGCAUUGCCAACUAACAAUGGCGGCGGCGGUGAGGGGAGCUAUCAAGUUCCUGCUGGUUUGAAUCAAGAUUGGCUCUACACUUUCUUCCCGUCGUCUAUCUAA